GGCUCAAGAAAAAGCAUGCGGCGGGUGUUGAAUGUGAUGCCCAUGCUGCUUUUGAGCCACCUCCAUGUUGAUGACUGGGCUGCUUUGAGGUCCAACUAGUAGCUGCAUGCCUGGCGAGUCAGAAGUCCCCCGCGAAUCUGCAGCAUCUGGAGGAUCUAUAGAAUCUGCAGGAACUAUAGGCACCAAUGCCUCUGGAGUCAGAAUUCAGGAUCAAUGGGGUGACGCAAGGCCAGAGUUCGAAAGGUCUAACACCUUCAGGGGGUCCCUUGCAAGCAAAUGCAGCAAUCGCAGUUCGGUAGAAUCCAAGAAGCGGCUGCUGAAGCACUUGGAAGAGUACUAUACGGGAGGGAAGUUCACCCGGCAAACAUCGGAGGACCGGCAACCGGCCGCGAAGCGGUGCGUCUUGCCGCAGAACUUCGUUUUGCCCCGAAGCAGCGUGAAGAGAUCUCUCCAGCUGAUGGAUCAGAGAGACACGCCGGACUGCCCUGGCGAGGUCAAGCUCGGGGAAUUGCUGAAAGCCGUCGAUCGUUUUCAUCGCACCUUCGGGGAGAAGAUUGGUCAAAAGGAUUGGGACCUGGAGCUGAUGGAGGAAUUGGGAAUCAACGUGAAUUGCCACACCUUCGACCCGGAUUGGAUGGUCUCCUGGAACCGCUCGCCAAUCUAUUCCCGCUUUUCAGUGCAGUUGGGCAAGCUGGAGCGGCUCUAUUUCAUUCUCGACAUGGGGGACAACUCAUCCUUCCUUUCCAUGAUCGUUUCUUGUAUACUUUGUGCUGCUGUGGUGAUUUCAUUGUUCUGCUUCACCUUCGGAACAGUGGAGGGUGUUCGCAUUGUUCCCUGUGUGGGAUCCACGAUCAACAGCUGUGCUCCUGCAGAGCCUCCGUGGAUGGCCGUAGCAGAAGAAAUCUGCGUCUGGAUCUUCACGGUAGAGAUCAUCCUGCGGAUAAUCAGUGCCCCACAGGCUCGCCGGGAGCUGCUGAAUCACCGCUACCUCAUUGCUGUCAUAGCAAAUGAGGAGUUGCCGAUCUCGCCUCCCACCACACUCUGUGGGCGAUUUGUGCGCUUCAUUGUCUCCCCAGAGGCCAUUUGUGAUGUACUUUCUGUGGCUCCUUUCUGGGCCGAGUUGAUACUGGUGCUGAUCUUGAAGGACCAACAUGGCCAGGUGGAGCACUUCUCCCUGCUUCGUGUUUUGAAAGUGGCCAGAGUCUUCCGGGUUUGGAAGCUCACUCGAGUCCUGAACGCGGAUUUGGGCCAGUUCAAUGAGAUCAACGACUUGUUCAAAAAGGUCAUGGUGAAUGCCUUUCCAGCGAUCUUGAUGACAAUCCUCUUGAUCUUCACUGCGUUGUUUUUCUUCGGGACAUUUGUGUGGUUCCUGGAGCGCGGUGAAUGGGUUCCCCAAGGCGACCCCAGAUACGAGGCUCUGGUCACGGGCGACCGUGGACGAGAAAAAGGAGCAUUCCUUCGGAUCUCUCCAGAUGGCCUCACAGAGGAACUCAGUCCCUUCGACUCUGUCCCUGGCGCUUUUUGGUGGACUCUUGUGACCAUCUCAACGGUGGGCUACGGAGACCAGGUACCGAACACCGACUUGGGGAAAAUGGUCGGCGGCGUUGCCAUGCUCUAUGGCACUGUCAUUCUGGGCCUUCCACUCUUCGUAGUGGGUGCCACUUUCGGACAGGAGUACGACCGCCUCAUGAAGGCGGCCAAGCGGAGGUCCGAACUUCAAAACUCCAGAGAUGGAAAUGCUGUCAAAGAGAGCCACGCACAGAAGAUGGGGCAAUUCGUGAAGGCCAUGAGCAACUUCAUCGAGGCCUUUGAUGUCUUGGCCAUGUCUCUGGAGGAGCUUGGGACGGUCUUGAAGAUCCCCACGAAGAUCCGUAGCAACUGGCAGGAUGGUGUCAAGACCGCUUUGUUGGAUUUCCAGCCUGUGCCAGCGCUGGAUUUGUUGUGUACCCGCGUGAUUGUGUACUUGUCAGAGAUUGAAGAGAUGUGGACAUCUGAAGAAGAGUCCGAGGAGUCCGUGAUCAUGAUCCACGCGUGCCGUCGAUUGAGAUCCGCAUGGUACAGGUUAGCUGUGACCAGCUGCCAGCUGGGUAACGUGCCCAGCGAAGCACUGGCCAAGGUGCUGAACGAUUUCCUGGAAAGUGAUUCUGGAGGAUUGCCUCUUCAAACUCAGAAAUCUCAAAGGAACACCGAGAUGCAGGUCAACAAGGGCUCGCUCCGCGUGGCACCAGGCCGCAAUGCUUUGCAGGAGUUUUGGGAAGCAGCGACAGUAGACUAUUGAGGCGCUCGAGGGGUUAGAGUCUGGGCAGUGAACC